AUGCUAAGUGAAGCAACACAAACAAGCAAUCAGAAAUGGGCAAACUACCUCCGACUCUACGCUCGACUUGCUAAGGAAGCAAAUAUCUUUCAACGGUUCAAUGUCGAUAAGAUUUUCCACAUUAGUGCAAUGAUUGUUCACAGCGAUUAUCAAAGACGCUCAAUAGGCACGAAAUUUGCUCAAAAAUCAUUCGCAUUGGGUGCAAGUCUCAACUAUAAAUAUUGUUCGAUUAACUGCAGUAGCAUUUACACACAAAAUAUUGCAGAGAAAUUCAACAUGGAAUUGGUUGGCGACAUACCAAUGGACGACAUCAAAAACGAGAAGGGCGAACGACUUGUUUUUCCAACCCCACCUCAUACAAGAAUCACAACUUAUGUGAAGCGGCUUUAA